AUGUGGCGACGCCUAGCGCCACCGCGCACGGAAGAGUUCUUUGCCCGACUGGAUUGGAUGCAGGGCGGAGCUGAGCUCUGGAAGUACCUUGAGCCCUUGUCCCCGGCCAUUCUGACUGGCUCACCAUCCGGGGACUGGGCCGGUCCACAGAAAGUGCGCUGGUGCGAGAAGAAUCUCAAGUUGCCGGCUGAUCGUGUUCUCGUCGUAGAUGCCAGCGACAAGGCUCUUUUCAGCCAUCCUGGAGCCAUCCUCGUGGACGACCGGGCGGAGUACCGCUUUGAGUGGGAAGCCCGCGGUGGGAUCUUCAUCCACUGCACGGACGCCCAGGCGUCCAUCCAGAUGGUCCAGGAAGCCUUGCAGAAGCUCAGUGGACCCACGUCACUGCGCUGCGCAGACCUUUGUGCCAAGACGGUCGAGGAAACAGCCGGCGAGUCGGAUGCGAUCCUCGUCGCAGCCUGA